UGCUGUGUGACUAGUGUCCCUCUGCGGCCUCCAUAGUCUACAUUGAAACAAAAUGGCUACCCCUGUUGACAACGAUUUAAUUGAAAGCGAUUUGCCUGCAGCUGUACAGCUGCUGAGAAAUCUCACAGAACAGGUGACCUCAGUUACAAGUCAUGUCCGUGAGCUAAUAAGAAAAGUCAAAGAUGGAGCUUUUAAGACAUCAGAGGGUUUGUCUUUCUUGGACCUUCGGUAUCACCUGCUGCUCUUCUACCUUCAAGACCUCACUCACCUGAUCAGCAUCAAAACAGAAGGAGGCCAAAUAAAAGACAGUGACGCCUUGAACAGACUGGUCACAAUCAGAACGGUCCUGGAGAAGAUGCGCCCACUAGACCACAAACUGAAGUACCAGAUCGAUAAACUGGUGCGCACAGCGGUCACCGGCAGUUUAGCCGAAAAUGACCCGUUGCAGCUGCGUCCUAAUCCUGAGAAUCUCAUCAGCAAAUUGAGCGAAUCGGAGGAGUCUGAAGGUGAAGCUGAGAAUACGGCCGAGAAGAAAGCAGCCCACUCUAGUGGCAAGAAAUAUGUACCGCCAAAGAUUGCCCCAGUGCAUUAUGAUGGUGACAUGACGGAAGCGGACAGGAAGAAGGCUCAGUCGGAGCGCCAGCGGCGAGCUGCCCUCAGGAGCUCAGUGAUCCAGGAGCUGAGACAGCAGUACAGCGACGCUCCAGAGGAGAUCCGGGACAGAGGAGACUUCCAGAGCGAGCGGGAGAGCCGCGAGGAGCUCCAUAGGAAAAAAUACGAGGAGUCGAUGAUGGUGCGUCUCAACAUGCCACAACGUCAGAAGGGCACCAGAAAGAGAGGCAUGAUGUCCACGCUGAGCGGCAUCACACACUUCGGUGACAUCUCGGCGCUGACGGGCGGCGAGGGGGGACAGGAUGGGGAGAACUCUCGGCCCAAGAAAAAGAAGAAACUCAUGAAGAAAAAAACCAAAAGAAAAGGUGAGAACAUUCAAAUAUACCAGAUGGCAUAAAUGACUUUACUGCUAUUUCUUUGAAAACAUAAAACGGAUUACAGUGAAGUAACUUGAACUUCUACGUGAUGUUCAGAGAACCUUUCCUACAUGGGCUUUGUGUUGAUUCUGCUUUUAUUGUAACACUAGAACCAUGUGAUUGGUGUCAUUUUGUCAGUUUAUAAAAAAUGUUUUUAAAACGAUACAAUAUUGAUGAUUUGAAACGCAGCUGAAGUGCUUUUAUUUGCAUUUCAAUUGUUUCCUGUUAAUAAUCACCCGUGUCCUUCCUCUACAGCCUUCAAGAAGCACAGAUAGACCUGAAACGUGACGUUCACUGAAGACCAAACGAUGACACGGAGAGUUCUUAACAACCGUCAUCACUUUAGUUUAUACUUAAGAGUUUGUUACCAUUAAUUCCCCACUUCAGUGUGAUUGUUUUUCAUUGUUUGUGGAAUAAACAUUUACAUGUCACGUUAUUUAUCUCCAUUAGAGGGCAGUCACAUUGCUUCCUUAUCAGACAGGACAAAACGCUCCUUGUGCCAUCUAAUAACCCUCUCUGGCAGAGAGCCGUGAUGAUGUAGGGGAAAUAUGCAGCAGAUGACAUUUUAGGACACAUUUACAAGUAUUGCUGAAGAAACCCAUUCAAUUUGACCUGCACACAAUUGCUGGAGAAGCAGCCAGAUGCUGAUUCAAGGUCUAAUCACAGCCUGGUGCAAUAGUGACAACACAAAAGUUUGAAUUAUGCAUUCCUGUUAACAUUAACUCACACCACAGUAGGGGAAACAAGUGUUUUGUCUAGUAACCCGAGUGUGCAGUUGGAUCAUCGUGUUACAUUACGCACCAUCAAGGGAUAAACAUUAAAGUUUACCUCAGUACGAGGGUGGUCUUGGGCCUUAACAUUAAAAGAUUUAGGGUUUGGCCUGCGAUGUCAGUUAUGACCACUUUGCUGAUACUUGAUUCAUUCUUAAACAAACACCAAAUACCUAGUAUUGCUGGUGAGGGAACCAUUGGCCCAAUCCCAGUGCCCCCCCCCCCCUAAAGCCUCAAACCCUGAACCCUCAAGAACUUGCUGAUGUCACCUUGUAAGUGGUUGAGUGUGAGAGACGGAGAGGGCUUGAAAUGGUGUAAAUAUGAAUGGGACAACACUUUGCUGCAACAGAUCACUCAACCAUGAAAACGACAAAAUAUGUAUAACUGUAGGUAUUUUAUACUUUGUACUCCGUGAUGUGAACGUCUUCCUGGCUCUAUCCUCAAAGGAUGAGAGGUCAUUUCAUAUAAUCUAUUUACUUGUUUUUGUCAAAACGGCUUCAAUGACAAAAUCAAAUACUUGAAUAAAUAAAUAUCCUCUGAUUUCAUGUUUUUUUGUUCCAUCUUUAACCCUCUAUUGUUCUGAAUAAAUUUGAUACGACAGGCUGAA